AUGUCUUCUACUCGCUCUCUUCGUUCCCGUUCAGGUGUAACCAAGUUAACCAUGUCCACAGACUCUAUCGGCACGACAUUAAGGUCGAAACGCGCCACCAGGACUUCUACUGCUACAGCUACAACGACAGUGACUGUAUCUCGGUCACCAUCUAGUUCUCCUGAAGGAAUAAGGAAGUCAAUUCGACUUACCGUCAAGAUGCCGGCAAGCAAGCUCCGUGAAGUCACCAACGGAGCAGAUGAUCUGGAUAAACCUCGUAACAUUUUUACGGAGAAUGUGAUAAUCUCAGGCCCUAGAAACUCUCGCUCUAAGAGGAAAGUUGUGGAAGUCGACUCAGAUGAGGACGAUGAGCCAUCAGAAGAAAUUGGAGACGAGGAAGAUGAAGAAGAUGACGAGAUGGACGCAGAAGGGGAUUCAGACCUGGAUGCUGAUGGCGAGCCUGAUAUCGAUGCGGAGGGUGAUAUCGACAUGGACGAUGCUCCCCCGGUGUCCCCCAUCGCGAAACAGGCGGUUGCCAGGCCUAUUGUUACAGUCACACCUGCAGCCGCGACUAAAGUGAGAAAGACGGAGUCACGGGCUGUUCUUGAAGACGAUGACGACGAAGAUGACGAGGAAGGCCUGUCUGAGCUAGAGUCUGAUAAUGAUAUUGGCGGACAGGAUGAUACCAUGGGACUUGAAACUAAUGAUGACGAGCCCGAAGAGGAAGAUGAGGAGGACGAGUCAGACGAAGAGCUCAUGGGCGGAAGCAGGUCGAGCACCCCUGACCUAAGUAAAAUGACCAGACGACAGCGCGGACGUAUCGAGCUUGGAGGUGACUUCUUACAACUACCCAUGGAACCCCAAGUUAAGAAACAUCUUACGGCCGAAGAGCAUGCCAUGCGCCGCGCGGAGAUGGCCCGAAGGAGGAAAAAUCUCAGUGAAAAACGUAACGAAGAAGAAAAGAUCAUUAACCGCCUAUAUCAGAUGGAUACUAUAAACAAGCUACUGAAGAAGCAAGCCCCCAAACGCCGUGGGAAGAUAAGUGCCGCCGAAGCUGCUGGGGAGAGCACGCCGGGUCAACAGGAAGCUCAAGAGCCAGAAAAGCCAGACCCUACUAUGAUACGAUGCGUCAUCAACCGUAGCGGUUACCGUAUUGGAGUCCCGGACGAGUGGUUCGGUACCCCUGCUGGCAGCAUAUUUGGCAGUCCAAGCAAUGUCCCUACUCAUAGCGGGAAACUUGUUGAAGAGAUUUAA